UCUCUGCUCUCUUCCUUCUCUCUACCACCAAAAAAUCCCCCUGCACCUUUUUUUAUCCAUCAUUUUCAUCCUCAUUAUCUCUCUCACACCGCCUCUUGUUUGUUUGUUUCUCAUCACCUCUUUUUCCCUCUUCUUCUUCUUCACACACACACACACACAGUCAUGGCGAGGUAUUCCCAACCCGCGUUUGACUUCUACCAACAAUCUCCCUCUACCACACUCGACACAAAACCACCAUUCCCAGAAGAAGACGAGAUGAGUGUAUUAGACGACAAAAUUCUCGACUCUACCUCUCCCGAUCUCACUUCGUCCGUCGCCGACCAUCGACGGUCUUCAUAUGAACACGCCCCCGAUGCGUUCCAACAUCGAGAUUCAGUCUGGUCCGAUUUCUCCCAAUCAGUAUCCAGCACCCAAUCUCGUCACGGCUCGCAAGUCGGCCAUCCUUUCCUUGAAUCUGCCCCCAACCCUUUCAUGAGGAUGGAUGGUCCUCAUCCAUCCGCUCCAUAUGGCCAACCAGCACCGUGGUCGAUAUCGAAAGAUUCGGGGUCCUGUACGCCCUCUGCUAUGUACGAGCACUUCCCAACCGACCUUGAGAAUAGUUCGGCGGCUCCUUAUGCAGGUGGCGCAGUGGGCCCGGUGAACACCAUCAAUAUGCCGUCCAUGUCGUAUCAUCGGCAGCAUAUGGCCUUUGCACCCCCCGGCGCGGUUGCCAUGUCCCCCCAGUCGAGUCAGGGCUGGAUGCCUGCCUCGACGGACCUGCCAGAUGCUGGCUCUCGACCCAAGAACAGCCCGACCUACCGAAAUAGCUCGCCUCUGAGCGUUCGGAGGGACGGCAUUCGGAAGAAGAACGCUCGUUUUGAGAUCCCUGCCGAGCGAACUCUAAGCAAUAUCGACCAGCUAAUCAGCCAGUCGACCAACGAGGAGGAGAUUAAGGAACUGAAGCAACAGAAACGCUUGCUGAGAAACCGUCAGGCUGCUCUGGAUUCGCGACAGCGCAAGAAGCUCCACACUGAGAAACUUGAGGAGGAGAAGAAGCACUUCACCCAGCUUAUCAGCGAACUCGAAGAAGAGUUGCAAAAUACGCGACUCCGGGAAUCGGACCUCCUUCGCGAGAAAGGUGAAUGGAUGGCUGCCCAGCAGGAAAUCACUCAGUAUAUCAACACCAUGCACAUGGACAAGGACGAGAUGAUCCGCGUUCAUACCUUGGAGACCGCUGAACUUCGAAAGAAGAACAGUAUCCUCAAGGAGACCGUCGAAAAGCUCGAGCGCCAUGCAAGGUCGAAUAUCACCACUGAGUUUUCGGACUUUGAGAACCUGACCAUGGAAAGUAGUCCUUGGGAAGACUUUACCAUGGUCAAUAGUCUCUCUCUGGACCCGGAGCCGGUCGCUGCGACCCAGUCCUCGGCUAUGGUUGUUGCUACCAAUGAGAAAGCCGCUCCUGAAAAGGUUGCGAACAGCGAGUACCCCUUCAGCUGGAACGCUUUCUACAUGUGUCUCCUUUUCGGUGCCUUCAUCGCCUCGAACAGUGCCUCGCUUCCCGCUCGCGCUCUCCCUCACCUCUCGGAAGAAUACCGUGCGGAGUCUGCCAACGUCCUAAAGGCUGUCCUCGCGUCGUCUCCUCCAGAGCUCGCCCAGUCCGCGAACCAACCGGCUGUUUCCGCCCCCGCGCGACCCCUCCCAACCACCAUCACCGGGGCUGAGAUGGCUCAGAUGACUGGGGCUCCCACGUCGAACCUAGACGCGCUUCACAGCACACUCACCAUGCCGACCAAGGAGCAGGAGCAGGAGCAGGUUUUUGCCCUGAACGCCGAGCAGUACAACUCGCUGACCACCUUUGACGAUACCGGGAUUGAGUACAAAUCGCAGCAACCCUCAAACCUGCAACAGGCCCUCGCCGCAUUGAGGGGUAACGCCGGGCAAGCUAGAAUGCCAAGCAAGACCACGUCGGAUGUCUAUUCCAGAUCACUGAUGUGGGACCGUGUUCCUGAAAAGGUGAUCCGGGACUUCCAGCGUAUGGUUCAUGAAUAUGGCGCUUCUCCUGUGAAGGAGGAAGACUCUAGCUUUGUUCGAGCAUAACAGUGUGACUGGGUUGUUUACGCCAUGCACUUUAGGUAUCUCAUUUCAGCUCUUCAUAUCAGCGUAUCCCGAGACAGCCACCUUCUCUUGCCCUGCCCGCAACCAUGCCUCCACAUAAACGCCCUGCUCAGGUUCCCGUGCUUCCACCCUCCGCCUCUCUGCUCUUCUCUCGUUUUUCCGUCUCAAAUCUAGCGCCUUAUCUCAUUUCUUUUCCUUCCGAUAUACGACUCUUGGCCAGCUUUAGCCAGACUUAGCCAUAUACUUGCAUAGAACAGCUUACCAUUUCCUUCGCCUGGAUAUAUCUUUUAUCGACUAGCUC